ACGGACUUUAGUGACCGGGGCUCGCAGCCCUGCCUGACAGGUGAGUGGGCAGUACGAGUUUCUGCCGAACGGGGAGUGGGGAGAAACUUUUGAAACGGAAGAGACUUACAGAAGGUGGGAAGUGAAACUUUGCAGCCAUUGAUGGACUAAAGAGCCAGGCGAAGGUGCCAUUUGUGCUUCAGCAACAGCCUGGGGUGGGACUGAACUAUUGGAAAACUGUCCGGCCUGAGGUGCUGCCUAGAACUGCAGGGUUUACAAUGUCUCCUUUCCUGCGCAUUUCCUUUAAUUCCUUCGACCUGGGGGGCAUGCUCAGUCUCCCAGACCAUAGCCAGCCUUUCUGUGCAGUCAAAGUGAAAGAAUCUCUCACUACAGAGAGAGGCAAGACUUUGGUUCAGAAAAAGCCUACCAUGUACCCAGACUGGAAGUCACCAUUUGAUGCUCACAUCUAUGAGGGACGCGUGAUCCAGAUAGUGCUAAUGAAGGCAGCAGAAGAUCCUCUAUCAGAAGCCACCGUGGGUGUCUCCGUGCUGGCUGAACGCUGCAAGAAAGGCAAUGGCAAGUCAGAAUUCUGGUUGGAUCUCCAGCCCCAAGCCAAAGUGCUAAUGUCGGUGCAGUACUUCCUGGAAGAUGCUGACUUAAAGUCAUCGGUCCGGGAAGAUGAGGGCCUGGUCACUAUCAACAGGAGAAGAGGAGCCAUCAAACAGGCUAAAAUACACUACAUCAAGAACCACGAGUUCAUUGCCACGUUUUUUGGUCAGCCAACCUUCUGCUCCGUCUGUAGGGAUUUUGUAUGGGGCCUGAACAAGCAAGGUUACAAAUGCAGACAAUGCAACGCUGCUAUUCAUAAAAAAUGCAUAGAAAUGAUCAUUGGCAGAUGUACAGGUACUGCUGCCAACAGCCGGGACACCAUGUUCCAGAAAGAACGCUUCAACAUUGAUAUGCCACACAGAUUUAAAGUUUAUAACUACAAGAGCCCCACAUUCUGCGAUCACUGUGGCAGCCUGCUCUGGGGCCUGGUGAAACAAGGGUUAAAAUGUGAUGAGUGCGCCAUGAAUGUGCAUCACAAGUGUCAGAACAAAGUGGCAAACUUAUGUGGCAUAAACCAGAAGCUUUUAGCAGAGGCAUUAAAUCAAGUCAGUAUGAAAUCUAGUUCUAGAAAAUCAGAUUCUGGAUUGGAUAAUAUUGCCAUAUAUCAAGGUGUGAACCCUAAAACCCCAGGAUUGCCUAUGCCUGAUGCUACAGAUAACCAGUAUGAUAGACUUUGGGAGGGAAGCAGCCCGCAUCCUCACAUCAGCCUGAGCAGCCGUUUGAAGAUUGAUAAUUUCGUCUUUCACAAGGUGCUCGGUAAAGGCAGCUUUGGUAAGGUGCUGCUGGCAGAAUUAAAAGGCAAGGGGGAAUAUUUUGCCAUAAAAGCCUUGAAGAAGGAUGUGGUGCUGAUUGAUGAUGAUGUUGAGUGCACCAUGGUGGAAAAGCGAGUGCUAGCAUUGGCCUGGGAAAAUCCUUUCCUCACCCACAUCUACUGCUCCUUCCAGACCAAGGAGCAUCUCUUCUUUGUCAUGGAGUUUCUGAACGGAGGGGAUCUCAUGUUCCACAUACAGGACAAGGGGCGCUUCGACCUGUACAGAGCUACGUUCUAUGCAUCAGAAAUUAUAUGUGGGCUGCAGUUUCUCCACUCCAAGGGGAUCAUUUACAGAGAUCUGAAGCUGGACAAUGUGAUGCUGGACAAAGAUGGACAUAUCAAGAUUGCAGAUUUUGGGAUGUGCAAAGAGAAUGUUUAUGGAGACAAUAAAGCCAGUACCUUCUGUGGGACACCCGACUACAUUGCCCCAGAGAUCCUCCAGGGGCUGAAAUACACAUUCUCUGUCGACUGGUGGUCGUUUGGGGUCCUUUUAUAUGAGAUGCUCAUUGGACAGUCUCCCUUCCAUGGGGAUGAUGAAGAUGAGCUGUUUGAGUCCAUUCGGCAGGAUACACCCCACUACCCACGCUGGAUAACAAAGGAGUCCAAAGACAUCCUGGAGAGGCUUUUUGAAAGGGAACCUACCAAACGGCUCGGAGUAGUUGGAAACAUAAAGGUGCACCCAUUCUUUAAAACCAUUAAUUGGACUGCUCUGGAGAGGAGGGAAUUGGAACCCCCUUUCAAACCUAAAGUGAAAUCCCCCAGUGACUAUUCCAACUUCGAUCGAGAGUUUCUCAGCGAAAAGCCGCGUUUAUCUUUCAGUGACAAAAACCUCAUUGAUUCUAUGGACCAGUCGGCCUUCCAUGGCUUCUCCUUUAUUAACCCCAAGAUGGAGCGCCUCCUGGAGAAAUGAUCCCACUUCCAAACACAUGCAUUUUUAUUUGUAAAAACUGUGGACACCAAAUCACACUGAAAGGAAGAUGAAUGUGAAUUGUAGGCUUACUGUACUACGUUCGGCUAGUGGUCUUCUAUGACCCCCCGCCAGCGUGGCAUACCAGUAACACGUUACUUCGCAGUGUGUCUCGGGGCAUUAGGCAGCAGAGAAUCCCAUUGUUGUUUUUAAACUUCCAUCCAUGUGAUUUAGACCUGGUCCCUAAUGAAGCCCCUCACAUCUGUUUACUUGAAUGUAGUUAUAUAUGUCAGAUUAUAAAUAUAUAUAUUUCUAGGCAUGGAUUUGCUGUAUAUAUGGCUAUGGAAAGAUAAGUGUAUGUAUGGAAGGUGGGGGGACAGGGAAGAGGUAAAGGCAGGAAUUGCAAGAAAUAUCUUACAAUCCACUCCAGCGUUAUUCUAAUAUAAACAUGGAUUUUCAGAACUCA